UCCCACCAAAUCGGGAUUUGCCAGCCCAACACCAACGGCUCUCUGCAGGAAGGAAGGGGGGACAAUGCAGCUAUUAAUGACAGAGUUCGGAGUGGUUUGAGGUGUGUGCGAAGGGCGAUCCAGCGGUGGAUUCUCGCGAAGGAAAGUGAAUCCUUCUAUCUCGCGAAGGAUCCAACCCCUCCCCACGCACGCACGCGCUCUUCGUUUUCCCACGCCGCUCCUCUCCGUUGAUUUACAGUGGAGAUUUUGGCCAUUUGGGCUUCUUCGAUUCGUUCUCUUGGUUUGGAUCUCUAUAUAUCGGAGUUGAUCUCUUUUUCUGGUUCGGCUGCUCUCUCAAAGUGGGAGGUAGGGGAAUGGCUGGAGGAGAAGGCGGCGAAGCGCCGCUGGAGUUCACUCCUACAUGGAUCGUCGCUGCCGUUUGCUCCAUCAUCGUUUUCAUAUCCCUCUUCGUCGAACGGUUCCUCCAUUACCUCGGAAAGGCCCUAAAGAAGAAGAACCAGAAGCCUCUCUUCGAAGCGCUGCAGAAAGUUAAAGAAGAGUUGAUGCUGUUGGGGUUUAUAUCGCUGCUGCUGACGGUGUUCCAGGGGGCGAUCCAGAAGAUCUGCAUCCCCGAGGGGUGGACCAAGCGCAUGCUUCCCUGCAAGGAGGAGGAGUUGGAGGCCGCUACGACGGAGCACGUCAGCUCCGCCUUCUUUGCCGGUGUUCUCAGCGGCGGCCGGCGGCUGCUUUCGGAAAGUGGAUUUGGGGAGGAACAUUGCAAAAGGAAGGGGAAAGUUCCAUUGCUAUCUCUUGAAGCAAUACAUCAGUUGCAUAUAUUUAUUUUUGUUCUGGCAAUCACUCAUGUGAUUUUCAGCGUUCUUACUAUGCUUUUGGGAGGAGCAAGGAUAAGACAGUGGAAACACUGGGAAGAUUCAAUCCAGAAAGAAACUAUAGGAGAUGCUUCCAAGAAGAUUACCCAUGUGCAUCAAUUUGAGUUUAUCAAGGACCGUUUCAAGGGUAUUGGCAAAGAUUCGCUAAUACAUAGUUGGUUGCAUUCUUUUGUGAAACAAUUCUACGGUUCUGUCACCAAAUCGGACUACACCACAAUGAGACUGGGUUUUAUUAUGACACAUUGCAGGGGGAACCCAAAAUUUGAUUUUCACAGAUAUAUGGUGCGAGCCAUAGAAGCUGAUUUCAAGAAAGUUGUUGGUAUAAGUUGGUAUCUUUGGAUCUUUGUGGUCAUUUUCUUGUUGCUGAAUGUUAACGGUUGGCAUACAUAUUUUUGGAUAGCAUUCGUUCCCUUGCUUCUUCUGCUUGCUGUUGGCACUAAGUUGGAGCAUGUCAUCACUCAGUUGGCACAUGAGGUUGCUGAAAAACAUUCAGCGAUUCAAGGUGAUCUAAUAGUACAGCCAUCGGAUGAUCACUUUUGGUUCCACCGGCCACGUAUUGUCCUAUACUUGAUUCACUUCAUCCUCUAAAAUGCCUUCGAGAUUGCAUUUUUCUUCUGGAUACUGACUACUUAUGGCUUUGAUUCCUGCAUCAUGGAUCAUGCUGGUUUUAUCAUCCCCAGACUUGCGAUUGGGGUCAUUAUCCAGCUUCUCUGCAGCUACAGUACUCUACCACUGUAUGCUAUUGUAACCCAGAUGGGGAGCUCCUUCAAGAAGGCGAUAUUUGAUGAGCAUGUGCAAGAGGGCCUCGUCGGCUGGGCUCGGAAGGUAAAGAGGCGGAAGGGGACAAAAAUGGACAAUGGAGUUGCUGGAUCAAGCCACAGUUCAGCAGCACCUUAUGUCAAGAUUGAGAUGCAGAAACUGGUUGGGCAAAAGGAAGAGGGGAAAAGUGGAGAUGCUAACACAGAUACGCAGUAAAUGACUACUCCUAUGUCCACUACCUGUAAAUUAUAGAGCCAAAGUUAAGAUGCCAAUAUAUAUGCCUUCUUCCUGAGUGCCUUUUGCAAUCUGAGCAUUCAGAACAUGCAUCGCAUAUACUGUUUGUAGGAUGAUUGCUGAGUUCUCUUUCAGGAUCGAUUUAAUUUACAAGCUUGUGUGAUCAAGAUGUAGCAGGUGCCUACAUGUGUAUUUAGUUUUAUCAGAUUGUUAUUGCUAAUAUAGAGAAAUGGAUGGUGUAUAGUGAUAGAGGU